AAAUACCAAAGAUUAGGGACCAAAAUGAACCAUAAUAAGAACAGAAAGACCAAAAACCUUGAAUAAGGGCAUUGCUAUUCGUCGCCAGUGUUCACCGCCGAUCAAUUCCCGCGGAGCGCCUUUAGGCUUCCCCAAUAAUCCGACCGAGAAACUUCCGGCUCCGACUUCUUCCGGACCCGACUUCAUUCUUGCUUGCAGAGCCCUGAUGCAGAGCUGAAAGAGAAUUGUGGGUUGCAUGUUGUGAAAUCCUAAGAUGUUGGGAUUGGGGUACUCAAUGGACGAACUUCUGAAGAACCACCUGUUUGUCACGCAUGCCAUUGCUGGUGCAGGCUCGGUUGCAUUAGGCACCGCAUUAACUUAUCCUCUUGAUACGAUCAAGGUCCUUACCCAGGUUGGUUCAAGUUCUAAUAAGCAGUUGACUCCAUUUUCGAUUUUAAGAAGGGUUCAAGCUUUGUCUGGAAACUCAGGUUUAUAUAGUGGAUUGGGUUGGUUGACUUCAGGCAGAAUUGUUGGUCUUGGCACUCGUUUUGGCGUUUAUGAAAUUUUGACAGCAUUCUAUAAAGAUGGUCGAGAGGACAACUAUGUAUAUGUCCACGAGGCCCUCAUGGCAGGCCUGGCAGCCGGUGCCUUGGAGUCGCUCAUGAGCUCUCCAUUCGAAUUCGUCAAACUUCGUGCUCAGGUUACCUCAGCUUCUCGCGUUCAAACUUCCACACCUACUACAGAUUCUAGAUCAGUGGGACCAGUGAUUUCCAAACUACUGCGUGGAUACACUCCUGAUGUAAAAGCACUGAGCCAUUCGACCGCCCUCCUAUCCACGUUAUCCGCCAAGCACCCAGAUCUCGUCGGUGCACUGAGAGAGCAUCCUUGGAUGAUGACUGGCUCUGGGAGGCCACCAUCAGUUAGUGAUGUUUGUAAACCAUCGCAUGUAAUCUCGUUGGAAGGAUGGAGUGCCUUCUGGAGAGGGCUUCGGUCUGGACUCGUUCGAGAUUCUGUGUUUGGUGGGGCAUUUUUUUGCACGUGGCAAUUCCUUCACCGGGCAAUGCUCGACUGGAAAGCAGUUGGAAUGGCUCCUGAACCCAGGUUUGACGAUGAAAUUGGACCGCUGUCACCAUUGUCUGUCAGUGCUGCUGCUGGGGUUUCAGGAUCGGUUGCUGCUGCUGCCUCUCAUUGUUUCGACACAGCAAAAUGUCGGUUCCAAUGUACGGUGCUGCCCAAGUAUCUUAGAUAUGAAAGGGCACUGUUGAAAUGGCGUCGGCCAGGGACAAGAUUCGAGAGAGCCACUGGAAUCCACCCUGCUGAUAGAAACGUCUUGUUCCGAGGAAUCUGGCUGAGGAUGGCUCGAAGUGGGGUCGCUUCGUUUGUUAUCGUAGGAACAUAUUAUUUGGCUGUUGAUCAGCUUCUUUCUUGAUUAAUCACAGAUAAGCAUUAAGCAGGUACCAAGUAAUUGAGCAGGUUUUGCUUGUCCUUAGUCCUUACUGCUCAAUAAGUUACACUUCGAUAAUUAUUGGUUGAAAUCACAGAUGACAGAACUUUGAGAUCAUUUAAAGAGAUGCUGUAAAUUUUAGCUACUCUUGUUCUUGGCUUCUACAACUUUCUGUAUUCAAUUUUUUGAAGAUUUGCU